AUGAUGGACUUCGAGACAUUACUUGCCGAGGUCGGCGAUUUUGGUCCGUUUCAAAUUAUUCUAUUUUUCCUGAUAUGUUUACCGGCAAGUUUACCAUCAGCAUUUUCGGCUUUCAAUCAACCAUUCGUUGUGGGACAGCCAGCGCAUCGAUGCCGACUGCCAGAAGGCCGCGAGGAUCUGAAUCCGGAAGAAAUGAGCUGUCAGCAGUACAGUGCUGACGAAAUUGACUUCAUUUGGAAUUCUACUGCGGAUGUUGACAAUAUGCGGAAACUGUGGGGCAAUCUAAAACUAAUCCCAUGCCAGAUGGGCUGGAUCUACGACAAUAGCACUUAUAUCGACACACUAGUGACAGAAGUAAGUUCUAUUAAAACAUAA